AUGGUCUGUUGCUUGGGGUUAGUUGGCACACGAGAUGAGCCGAGUGAGUUCAGCAACCGAGGAUCAAGCCCUUCGGACAACCCGUCAUCCACGGUGUGUUACUACUACAAAACAUCCAAUUGUAUGGUGUGUCAGGGUCCAAGCCUCCAGGAGAAGAAAUGCUGCACUCAGCCCUUACCUGUUGGUGACGUCACAAACAUCAUUGCGAACGAAUAUCUGAUUCCUGUGUUUACAAUCGGUAGUGGUGGGUACGAGUUACACCCAUUGCAACUUGACGGGACCUACAGCUUGCCCGGCGAAAACGGGUUUGACUGGAGUAUUAACACGGCUACAUCUAGCAGCCAAUUGGGGGUCACCGUUUUGAAUGACAAUUCCUGCUGGGAUGACAUGAGAAUCGUGAUUGAUGAAGGUUCAUUCCUCAAUGAUUUCUUUGAAUUUCGAGGGUUUCUGUAUGUGGUUGACUAGCAGUGUUGUAGUUGAGUCCAUGACCUUCGUGGCCAGGGCAGAGGGGGAGUCAUCAUGGGUCUGCGAGGUCGAGGGGGAGGCCGGCCUCGAGACCUCCAACCCUCCAACACCGUGGACUAGACCAUUGAUUUCGUUCUAUAAAAGACACUGAACACUACUGGUAAUGACUCAAUAUAGUUGUUGGUAUUAGAACUUACUUGUUAACGAGCUGCUGAUAUUACAAAUCAUUGGGAGAAACGGCUUAUCACUCUGAAGUAACAUUAUAGGUUUUGAGAAUAUCACAAAAGUAUCAAACGACGUCAUCAGCGCAAGCCCUUUUUCCCCAUUAUUCUCUUGCAACUUCGAUGACCAGUUGAAUGCAAACUUAGAGAUACACCAAGUGAGAAUGGUCUU